CCUUGUAUUUAUUCUCAUCAAAAGCCCUGUAAACCCUUCCUCUCUCUUAUUUUACACCCAAUUCCGUCUGCCAGAAUGUCGUCCACCUCCGGCGACCACGAACCCAACCUGCCUACUGACACCGCUACCCCCGCCCCGGCCAAGACUAUCACUCUCAAGACUGCAGACGCCAACUACUUUGAAGUGGAGGAGCCAGUGGCUAUGGAAUUCGCGACUGUGAAAACCUUCUUCGAUGACAACACUGAGACAACGUUCGGCACGGUAAUUCCUCUGCCAAAUGUAUUGGCCGAACCUCUUUCCCUCAUAAUCCAAUAUUGCAAAAGGAACUUGAAGUUCCGCGCUGAAUCGGCCCCUGAGGAAGCCAGGAAGGCAUACGAUGCUGACUUCGUGAAGGAGCUGAGCAAUGAGCAACUGAGAGAGUUGAUAUUGGCGGUUAAUUAUCUAGACAUCAAGAAUCUGUUGGAUGUGCUUAAUCAGGCUGUGGCUGAUCGGAUCAAGAACAAGAGCGUUGAGUACGUGAGACAGUUUUUUGGGAUCGAGAAUGAUUUCACGCCGGAAGAGGAGGCCAGGCUUCGCGAGGAGAAUGCUUGGGCUUUUGAGGGUGUUGAUGAAGACUGAAUCAGUUUCCUCUUCUUCUUCCUCAAUUAGAUUGUUUGCUUUGUUAAUGGGAUAUUUGUCUGUUUUCUGUAAUUAGUUUUGUUUAAGAGUAAUUAGGUUUCGGUAAAAGAAUGGGAUGGAUAUGGAAAAUAAUCGUAUCUUUUUGGGAUAUCAAUGGAAAGAAUUUAACUAA